CACUUCUACGAAUGGGAAUUACCGGAGAUGGAUAUUAUCGUUAUUACCAUCUAACGUAAUGUGAUGCGACCCACUGUAUGUGAUGCAUCAACGUCUACGUCGCGUCUGGUUGCAGCGUCUGGUUCCGGAGUGCGCAUUCUAAUUGCUCCUUUUUGUUUUCGCAGAAGCCAUAGGUCCCGCAUGUCUUCUAACAGGCGACAGAUAAACAGAUACAAGGGAACAUACACAGUAAUUAUAGCUUUACAUAAUUAUACUUUUAAUCAUUCAACUGAUUCACUCCUGUGUUACAAGUGCGUUCCGCAGGACCGAUAGAAAAUAGUAAACGUGAAUAUAAAUCAUUGUCGCAAGAGAUAUUAAAUGAAAGAAAUAUUACGAGGAAUUGCGAAAUCACAUAUGUUUUUAACGUGCCGUUUUGGUAGGAUGAUCGGGAACUCGGAGAUUUUCUGUAUAGUUUGAAAAACCACCAUGUUAACCACACGUUUUCUCGUCGCGCGCUUCUAAUUACGAAAUCUUAUGAUUUUGGCGUAAAAAUGAAUGAUGAAACGGACAGGACGGAAUACGUGGUGUUAUCCAUAUUAAAGAAACUGAUUGAAAUUCUUCGCGGACGAGGUGAGAGUAAGUCGUCGAGGUUCUCAUCGGUUUUGACAAUCCAGCAUUUCGUCCGGUUGAAUCAUCAGCGAAUGACUCACAGGGACAGGUUUCGCAGGAUGAAUCGAUACACUUUUAUUCCUUAUUAAUCAUUUAUCAACUAAGGGAGAGAGAGAGAAAGAGAGAGACUCACCGUGUCCAAUCGCAAAGGGACGGUGUGAAUCAUUCCCCUUGACCACCACAAAAAAUAGAAAAAAAGUACAAAACUAAUUGCUCCACGGUAGUAUAAGUUCAUUGAACUGCGAAUAUGCGCGCCGUAUAUGCUCGUGCACUACAUGUCAACGUUUCCGAAUCGUACAUGUUUCUAUUUCUGGAACAGAAACUUCGUCAAUGGGUUGCAUAAGCUAGAGUGAGAGAUAAGAUCCUGUCUGUAAGGUGAAUGUUGUCCGGAAAGAGCAGGAGUGCCGCGAGGAUAUCCCCAUGUCUACGUCAGCAAAUAUACGUCAUUAUGUUACAUGGUAAUGAGGAUGAUUCAGGUACUUGUGAAAUCGGGACAGUGAGACAAAGUCUCUGAUGAAAACGUGAGUGUGUCUCUCUCACAAGGGUUUUUUUCUUCCAGAAUUUUCAAAAGUAACGAGACCGCUCGAACUUGAGAUGCGAAACUUAAACAACGGUUGGAGACAAAGAAGAAGAAUUAAAAAUAUGCUCGAUAUUCGGGAGACGUUUAAAGCGCUUGCGAAAAAUUAGAGCAUCAUUUUACAAAGACUUUACGAUACCUUCGUAAAAGGAUUAUAUCUCUUUGGUCGAAUAGUAUAAUUGUUUGCUUUUGAAACGGUCGUUCUAUUUUUAGUUAACAAGCGACAUGAUACAGAUUGUUUCGAGAAUUAGAGUACGUUGGUUUUUUACGCAUAUCUCACCGGAAUCCCCGUAAAACGUGCGUGCGUAACAAAAGGAUGCGUCAGCAAUAAGGAAACCCCGUUACAGGCGAAAAAAGGAAAUACCCCCGGUUAGGUGCCACACUUGCGUCACGGCACGAAGAGCAACAUCACGGUGAUCCUUUCACGACGACCGCGGAAUUAUUCGGUACGGUUAAAAUCUCGCUCUUGUACUUGACUGCAUGAUUAUUGAUCCUGCGUUGACUUGCGUCAAGAAGUAAAAAGUUCCACGAAUUGGUCAGUACCGUCAGUGACAUAAAAAUUAAUCUAUAUUAAUCUAUGAUGAUCGAUUAUGUAUUAUUGCGAUCUGUCAGAUAGGUUGCAGGCGCUUCCGCGAGCGUAGACGUCGCCAGGAUUUACACAAGUAAAAAUUACAAAAUACAGCACUUUUGCGCUUCAUUUCAGGUCGAUUCACAAGAGUGCGGCGAAAAAUUGUCGAUAAUGGAAAGAUCUACAUUGCAUUAUUGGCGAAGAGACAUGAAUUUUUUGUUACUCACUCAAAAAUUGCCCGAGAGAACAACCGUGGAUUCGUGAACUUAAAAUAGUUAAUUACGAUCUUGGCGACACGCACAUGGCCGAACACGUGGUGUCCUGUUACUAAUGAAGAGGCGCCUCGGCAAAGAGGAACUCUCCAAACCGCAUCGUAUAAUUAGCCUAGCAAUGUAAGUACUAGUGAGAAACUUGACCGCGAUGACCAGAAAUAUAAGUCGGAUUUGCUAAAAAUACGCUAUUCUUUUUAUUCCGCCUGAAUCAUCUGGCCAGUCGCGGCCCAGGGAGAAAAGAAAGAGAGAGAAAAGUUUCUCGCUCUACCCUGAUAUAAUCCUCCGAGAGCGAUCCCAAAAAGGGUCCCAUUAGAGGGUGAGAUUUUAGAGAGGGUGAGAAGUUAAUAUCACGCACGACACAUGUGCCACAUGUUUGAUUGUUCAGAGAUAUCUAUCUAGAAUAUUUACAUCUUGUACUUUUAAGUCAUCAUCAUCGUCGUCUCGUAACCGAUUGUAUCAUCGAUAAUGCAACACAGUUAUUAUUGUGUCAUAACAAAUCAGAUAACAGACGUGAACUUUGUAGUCGCGUGGCAGUCUGUGUGUUAUGAAGAUGUUUGUAUAACAAUUUAGUUUGAGUUUAUCUGUAUAUUUUAUGCAGAGAAGAUUUUCUGCAAACGUAACAUUUGUUCGUUUAUCAGUAUCGGCGGAAGAUUCACGCUGUUUCUGCGUUGUGAUCUUAACGAAACGGAGUAUACGAAAACUACGCCGUCAUGAUUAACGAUGAUGAUGAUGAUGAUGAUGAUUUUUCAUCACGGUUGUUUCAAUUUACGUAAAAAGAUCUUUGAGAUGCAAAUGCAUCCUGCACGCUUGAAUAUACAUACUAAUUUAAUCGAUGCUGAGAGGACGAUAGACGUGAUUAGUGCCGGAUAUCAAUCUUGUUUUUAACUCUUGGUUGUUCACCCGUCAUUCGAUUGAUGUAUGUGCGUAAUCAUUAGUUUAUUAACAGCUAUUGAUUUCUCGGAAAACCUCUGUUUUCCUCGUGGAGCGUGUUAGCCUAUCAUUAAUCGGAGGAAGUCGAAGGAUACGGAUUUAAUGUUUACGCGAAUUCGAGAGAUUUUCUCGAACGGAGAAUUCUAAGAGCCAAGAAGAUGGGAUCAAUUGAAACGCACAUCUUCCUUAUAGAGUAAAAUUAAUUAAACGAAUGGGCACGCAAGCGAUGAUUCAAAAGAUACAUCUUGCUUGAGAGAUCAAUCGUGAGAUCGAGAGAUCUCUGGAUCUCCUAGGCCUUGGACCAUCUAGAGUUAGUCAUCAGGGAUCAAACAUAAUCGUCUUUGCCUCAUGAGUUACUUCUCAUUAAAAUGAAAUCAGAAUUAUGUGGAUGAAGAAAUUAUCCAUUAUUCAUAUAUAUCUGGUUAUGCCCAUAACAUGUAUGAAUCAUACUAUUAUUGUAUUCCACAAAAAAUGACGAAAUAACUCCGUUCACGUGACCGAUUUCCUGUUGUCUAACGAUCAAACUCGGUUGUAAGGAGCAAAAAGAGAAUUCCUAAUCAGCCGAACGUUUUUAGGUAUCUCAAACGAAUUUUGAAGCAGCUACAAUAUUCAGAAGGCAUUUUUGGUCACGAUUACGGAGACGUCGUUUCUCAUCGUCACCGACGACGUUUCGUCUGGAGUUCUCUCAUCUUCCGUUAAAUGAAUCGAGAUUUUCGUUUCCCUGUACUAUUUACAUAUUUACAUAUACACUAUUUACAUGUGACUACACGUGUCACUUAUGUAAUAAUAAUUGUAAAUGGAACUCAAGAAUCUUCCGAAAACUCGGCUGUCUGAAAAUUUAACGUUGCAAAUUCCAUACCGUUUCUCUCUCUUUCUUGCGCGCAGGAAACUCAAGUCACACGACACCUCUCUCACUUUUGCUUUUUCCGUGCGCGAGCGCAUCGAGCGCAGGACGAGAGAUGAGAACAUUUUAACGAUUCGCGGAAAUCCGCGGGCUGAUCGAAAUGCUCGAAGAAGAAUUAUGACGCCUCAACUGCCGCAGCGAAAGGUGAUUUUUGAAGCGGGACCCGCGCAAUAACACGGUCGUCGUUCAAGCGAGUUAAUGUCGCCGGACGAAUUUCCACGACGAGCCUCUCCGCCUCGCGCGGAUCGCCGGUGCUAUCGGGGCGCGAAGGUAUCGAUAAGUAUCGAUUUACUUCGCUAAUAUCCAUUACUGAUUAUGAUAAUCAUUAUUCCGAGUGCAAGGGGUUAAGCAGCGCCGGCGCAUGAAAAGUGCAUUAAAGCGCGCGGACAACGCGGUUGCACAACAAAGUGGGAAUCAUCGCAGAGGCUCGUCCGAGGCAUGCGUGCUCUUCCAUAUAUAAAUACUCGUGUGCCAGUGGGGAAAAUCUCAGUCGGCCGAUACAUGGUACCCGCGGUGCUCGUCGGCCAUCCGCAUCCAAUCACCUUCGCCCGGACGAGAGCGAUCAGCCAUCGCUUCGCCACGUGAUUCGCUUUGCCUUCGUGUCGCUUCCUUCACGAGCCGGGAAGACAAACAGGGGAAGAAUUUUCCGUUGCUUCCUCCUGUCUAUCUCUGGUAUCGGUGAACCGACUCGGCCGACGAUGGAGCGUGGACUGACGAGAAGAUCGUUUCUGAGGCUUCUGCUGCUGGUCCUGACGGCGAUCGGCCAGACGUCGCCGGCCCCGACUCACAGCGAUCACCGGCCUCUCGAGACGAAGAGGACGCAUUUGCACACCGUCCUGGAAGCCACCAAGAACUUCAUCUGUAAGAAAUCUCAGCCGAGGGCUUACAGCCUGAUGGACCUGAUGCAGCAUCUGCCGAGCGAGAGCGCCAGGCGGCCGGUGUACAUCGUGCUGAAAAGAUGCGACAGCUACGCAGGCUGCUGCAACAGUCCUGAUCUCAGUUGCGCGCCGGUCGAGUCGUCGAUCUACUACGAAGAGAUGGAGAUCGUAAUGUCCAGUCUGAAGACGAACAGCAGCAGGAGGACGUGGAUCAGGGUGAGGCAGCACGGCGAAUGCAGCUGCGAGCUUAGCACCGGCCAGAAAGAGCCCGAGCCCAGUAUAGAGAUCCUUUGAUCCCUCAGAGAUUCUACGGAUCUUCCUACCUAGUAUUGAGAAACGAGAACUCAGGAGUGCAACUAUGUCUCUCCCCAGCGCUCUUCGCUGGACUCUCCCUGGAUUUCGGAACACAGUGCUGUGACUCGGGGGAGAGGUCGGACCGCUAAUUGAAGUUAAUCAACUCGCAUCGGGACUGUCCGUUGUUCAGUUGUUCUGUGCGAUCGGUUAGCGCGUUCGUAAAAAACAGAGACGACGCGUCGGUGGCGUCUAGAAUUGACAUAUUGGCCUAUACUUCCAAUUGUGAGUGAUGCUAUGAUGUAAAAUAUUGAUUGACACGAAGUACUAGGAAGUACUUUAUUUUGUUACAACGAAGAGUGUGAUACCGACUACGGACUGGGAUUAAAUUUCUCAGAGCUGGUUUAACACUGGUCUGGCAUUUAAUUUCCUGUCUCUGACUAUGACCAGCGAAUGAUGAAAUAUGGAUAUAAAGCUAAUUAGCAAAACGUUACACGCUCGAAUGACUGGUAAGAAUUAAUAGAGAACAUGGAUCACGUGAAGAUAUGAAGCUUUUGAAAUGGAUACUCACGGUGGAUAGGCGGAUAAUUGUGAACGAAUGUGUCAUGGAAAAUACACUGAAUACAAGAUGAAGAAACAGAAACUGUAGCGUGGAUAUUCGAUGCAAGAAGUGAGAGAGAGAGUGUGUGUGUACGUGCGCGCGCGUGUGUGUAUGUGUGUGUGUGUGUGAGAGAGAGAGAUUCUAUUAGGUAAAAAUUUAAAGAUAUAACUGUGUGUGUCCGGAAAGAAACGUAUUGCUCCUCCAAUCGAUGAAAAUACUGUUUUAAGUCUUAUUAAAUUUUAUUAAGACUUAUGUGUGUGAGAUAUCUUUACUCAGAGAAAAAGAGAAAGAGAGAUUUUUAUUGCAAAUAUAUUUAUAUGUCUCAUAAAUAAUAUCUUUCAAUGCGUUUGUUAUACUUUUUGAAUCGUGCCAUUUUUUAAAUGUAUUACGAAUUAUGGAGAAAAAUGUAGAAUUUAAUAUUACAGAAUGGCAGAGAAAAUUUGGAAAGAUCCGCACGGGGGAGGGGAGAUGAAUAACAUGAAUACGUUUAACUAUUUCUCCUCUUUACCCUGCAAUUUCGGAAAUAAAGUGUUCUGUUAUAAAUAUAAUCAAACGUAUGAUAACGUAAGGGCACGGUAGUAAGAGCAAUUAUAAUUCAUCUGCCUCAUGAAAUGUGAUCGUGAACGUUUCAGGGCAUUUAGGAAUACUUUCUUUUUCUUGUUUACCAAAUGAUAUUGUGAUAAAGAGAUUAUGUUAAUUUAUAAUUGCGACGCGCGAUGUUCGUCAAAAUGCAGUUCAUCUGAAGCGACCAAUUCAACAUGCCAAAUGUUUGUCGCAAUUUAUUUCCAACGUGAUCUUCACAUCAAACUGAUAGCACCAAACUACGGAACUGACCGUCGCGUUUAGAGCUAAAUAUAACUUCACUGUUGUAUUCGCCGCCUAAGUGCGAAUGCCGUUGUGUUAUAAACAUAAAGUUUAUAGUGGUAUAAACGAAAACCAGCCGCGGCAAAAAUAACGCGCUUUACAUGUAAAUCAUUCUUAAUAUACCGAGUGUCAGGAAAAUUAUAAGCGCAUACUUUCUUGGUUUUUAAGCUGACAAGAAUUUACUGAGGCAAGUGAAGUUAUCAUUUCGUCAAAUUGAUUGGAUUUCAUAUUUAAUUGUCACGACAUUCUUAUAGUUGGUACGAAUCACUCGACAAUUUUAGCGCGACAAUAGUCCUGACACCAGUUAAUUAAUCAAGUGCAUUUUGAUAAUCGUCGUGUGUAGUGUAGUUAAUUUAUUUAUUAAACAAGUAACCAUCAUCGAGAAAAGUAGCGAGAUAAGUUAUCACAAGCAAAUCAAGAUGUGAUGAAAAUAAAUCAGUGUCGAAAGGAUUCUCAACAGUAUUCCUGUAGCGUCUAAUUAGCAGUAUCUAGUUAGUCGAAUGUUAUCUAAUUUUUAUACUAAUUAAUUAAUUUAUG